UCAAAGCGGAACAGAGGGAGUUGUUUGUGAAGCUUUUUCUCAUCUUUCUCUAUCUCUGUGUUUCGCGUUCGCGCUCGGCUUGCUAUCCGGUGGCAGUCACCCACUCCCCUCUCUAUCGUCUUGCCCAAGUUCGCCGCACACAACCCGAAUGACUGAAUGAUUUCGGGUGGGUUGUUAUCUUUUUAAAGUUAGUUUUCUGGACGUCGCCGUUCGACGGAUGGGCGUCUCUCAAUAACACAGCCGCCGUCGUCGCCGUCAAGAAGAGAUGUUCAGCGGCGCCGGGAAGCCGUUCGAGAGAGCGCUUACCAUCCUACACGACAAUGGCAGUGAGAUGCACCCCGUAUCGCUCGCCGGCGAGCUGGACAUGCAGCUUGUGCAGCUUGUGCAGGUGCUCCGAGACAAGCCCGACCUGUUCGCAUUCGUCGAGGGCAACGGGUUUGAAGCGCCCGGGAUGAGGUCCAACUCCGCGGUGCUGGCCGUCACAUCGCUGCGUCUUUGCGCCAAGUACCGGGACCCAUCCGGCUGCCCCGAGGGUGACAGCUGCCAGAAGCUGCACAUGUGCCGCUCCUACGUGCUGGGCAACUGCAAGUUCGGGCCUCGAUGCAGAUUUUCACAUGAUUUCAGGGAUGAACACAAUCGUGACUUGUGUUAUGAAAACAAAGUGGAGGGGCUUCCAUUUGACAAUAUUCAAAAGCUGCUCUUACCAAAUGACCCUUCUCUCCUCCCUCAGAUAUGCAAUACCUACAAGGUUGCGGGAGGUAAUGAGUGUGAAUUUAACGAGAAAUGUACAAGGCUGCACCUGUGCAAACAGUUUGUUUUAGGCAGUUGUAAAUUUGGGGACAAUUGCCGACGCAAUCAUGACUUGAACGAUCGAAAGAUUCAAAUAUUGCUGCAGAAGUUCAUGCUUACUGCCUACCCUAAUAACGAGGUGCUGAAACUACUCUGGAAGAAGGAGCAAAUUCACAUUGCCACAAGGAGCAGUUCCACUUCUGUAAAUACGAAAUUUGACAAAUUGAGUGACAAACCCUUCAGUUUUGACAAACCCUUCAGUUUUGACAAACCCUUCAGUUCUGUCAAACCCUACAGUUUUGAUAAACCCUUCAGUUUUGACAAAGACCCAACCAGGGGCAGAGGAAGAGGCAGAGGAAGAGGCAGAGGGAGAGGAAGAGGAAGAUCUCAACCCCCAAGCCAUGUGGGUCGUCCGGUACCGCUCAGCACAGAUGAGCAGCAAGCUGGUGCAACAGGUUACUCACCUUCAGUGGGCACUCCUAAGCAUGGCAGUGAUGGUGAUACUGCAAUGGAGAAUGACAAGGACAAUAGCUCUCUAUUUCACCUCCUUUCUGAGUGCCAUUUAAAAGACCCAACCAGGGGCAGAGGAGGAGGAAGAGAUGGAGGAAGAGGAAGAUCUCAACCCCCAAGCUAUGUGGGUCGCCCGGUACCGCUCAGCACAGAUGAUCAGCAAGCUGGUGCAACAGGUUACUCACUUUCAAUGGGUAUUGCUCCGCAUGGGAGUGAUGGUGAUACUGCAAUGGAAAAUAAGAACACAAUGUCUUAUCACCUCCUUUCUGAGUACCAUUUAAAAGAUCCAACCAGGGGAAGAUACGGAGGGAUAGGAAGAUCCCAACCACCAAGCCAUGUGGUUCGUCCAGUACCGCUCAGCACAGAUAAGCAGCAAGCUGGUGCAACAGGUUACACACCUUCAGUGGGCUCUUCUAAGCAUGGCAGUGAUGGUGACACUGCAAUGGAGAAUGACAAUGAAGAAGAGAUCUGUCUAUAUCACCUCCUUUCUGAGUGCCAGUUUAAAGAGCGUUGCCUUAAAAGCCAUGCAAAGCUACCAUAUCGAUGGCAGAAGAGGGGAAAAUUAGCUCGCAUAUGGGAAGACAUACCCGACAUGGAGACGAUUGAAAAGCAGUACUGUGACCCUACCAAUGUCAGCUGGAAUUCUGUUGAUUUUGUAAGAAUGACUAUGGAUAACAAUGCAGUGCGACGCCUUUCCACGGCAAAUGCGGUCACCAAACCAGACAACUUCCUGCUUACCACAAAAUGGAUAUGGUACUGGCAAGAAGAUGUGGGGAAAUGGAUCACAUAUGGAUCACAGGCCACCACAAAUGAAAAGGCGAAAUCUGAAGUUUCAUCGGGAGAUCUGGAGAAGGCCUAUGAAAAGGACAAGAAAGGAGGUUUAACUAUUUCCGCUGGGCGCUUCUUGUACCACAUCAAUUUUACAGAAAUGAUGCAGACAAACAUGACGGUGGGUACCAGGAGAGAUGUGAGGAGGAGGCCUCUCUUCGUGUCAAGACAUGAUGUGGAAGCAGCAAGAGAGCGGUAUAAACAUCUGCGCAGUGUUGGGGUGGACAAUAUUCCCACCCACUGGGACAGCUCUUCUCUCUCCGAAAUCAGCACAUCGCUUGUUCGUGUUGGGAAGUUGUCAGCAGAGUACAAGGAGGUGGAAUCAUUGUUCAGAAGCACAGUCGACCAGUCUUUUGCUAUCAUCAGCAUAAAAAGAGUUCAGAACUUGGAGCUGUGGGAUGCUUUCCAGAGGAAGCGAGAGUGGAUGCGGAAGAAGAAUGGCGGGAUUGAGAUGGAGGAGCGCAAGCUGUUCCAUGGCACAAGCCCUGAAAUGGUGACAGCCAUCUGCCAGCAAAACUUUGACUGGCGUUUGUGUGGUACCCAUGGCACAGCCUACGGCAAAGGAAGUUAUUUUGCACGUGAUGCUUCUUAUUCUCAUCACUACGCUGUUGCAAGGAUCACGAAAGCACAGCCACCAGUACAAGUACAGGUACCGAUUCAGACAAAGAAAGAGCCAGAAAAGGGGUUUUUUUCUUCCAUUUUAAAAGUAUUUGGGAUUUCCACUUCAGAUGACUCGACAGCAAGAACCUCAAUAAGCGUCGCAGUACCAACUAGCAAGCCUGUAAAAAUGGUUAUGUUUCUCGCACGAGUGCUGGUGGGCCGCUACACUCGAGGCGAUCCCAGCUACCGGAGGCCUCCUGAGCUAAAAACGUCCGUUUCAACAUCCGCCGGAUCAUCGGUGCCAUCGUCGUUAGUUCUCUACGACAGCUGUGUAGACACCGAGGUCAAUCCCAAUAUCUUUGUGGUGUUUGAGAAAGAUCAGGUGUAUCCGGAAUAUGUCAUUGAAUACAUGUCCUAGAUUUUAAAAAGGCUGCUUUUUAGGACUAAUAUGUCCAGCAAGAGGCACCUUUUGGAGUGAGUUGAGUAAAAUGUGGUUUUGUCUAUAAUUGAGCAUUUAAUCAUCAUUUCAGUUAAUCUAAGUACUAAAAUGGAAACGUUUCUGAUACUUUAUUAUAUUUAAAUGUUAUAAUAAAAAAGUCAGUUAAGAUCACUUCCAUAUGUAGUUUGAGUAUUGAUCAAAUUUUAAUCCUGUAUUAGGAGCCUUGAUAAUAUUUUUUUUUAUCACUCAGUUAUUGAUGAUGCUCUUGCUCAACUUAGUGACUUUUUUUACCAAAUUCACCUGUAAAAUAUUUUAGUUGCCACACAGAUGAGUGUGAAACAGCUAAAUGAUUAUGCUUACUUAAAUGUAAUCAAAUAUUACCAUUAUUAUGGAAUACUUUUGCUCGUUAAACAAAACAUUAAGGCAUGUUUAUUUUACGAGGUGAGUGUCAUAUACGUUUUUUUAAUGCUUAAAAUUAUGUGGCCAUUCAAAUAAUAUUACAAGAGCCAACACAAUAAUUGUUUUCUUGAUUAAACACAUUUUUGGGAUGCAUGUCAACACUACCAGUAUCUAUUGGACUGUAGGAGUUAAAUUACCUUCAUGCUCUAUACAAUCACCAUUGUAUGUCUUUAUAACAGACAACUGAGCUUUGAACUGCUUUUAGAAGUACAGAACUAAGGGCAAUAUGAAGUCAAACUAAAUAUUUCGCUCCUGUAAUUCAGGCCUGACUAGGACUAAAUUAUCCUUAUGGCGGUAUCCCGGGGUACCAAAUGAUACAAAAUGGCCGAGGCAAUUAAAUAUUUUAUUUCUGGGACACUAUUUUUUCCAGGGGUGUACUUAACUCCGCGACUGGGGUACCAAUAAAUCCGAAAGCAGUGCUACUCCGCGAUGUCAAAACGCCAAACAGCAUAAAAAAUCAGUUUUCGAAAAAUUCAACUUUGAAUAGUGCAUCAUGUACAGCUCGUCGAGAUGACUGUCGCAUCGCCGACUAUCAACAGACUAAAAAUUACUGCAUUACGGACAUUAUGCGAGAGCCCGGAGUACUGCCAUAAGGUUCAAAAGUUUAUACUGUGUUUUUUGUGGAGCUGCCCAAUAAUUUUGAAAUAAAGUGAAUCAUUGAAAUCAAUAAACAUCAAUGUGAGCUGACCACAACUCGGAUAGAAAGUGAAUGUGCAGUGGUAUUGGUGUAUACGAUAUUGAAUAGGAAGGAUUUUCAUUUAUUCAGUGCUUAAAUGCCUUAAAUAUCAAAGAAUGUUGCUUGAAAAAUUUCCAUGAGAGAAUAGAAUAUCGAGGCAAAAAGGGAAAAGAUGAAUGGGAAAAGAGAAAAAAAUAACUUCAAGAACAUCACAAAUGAAGGGAUAAACGAUUACCUGUACAGACACACUGGGUCACAACGGUCAACGUAAACCUGAGCAUCAGGAGACGACAGGACAAAAUAGCCAACCCAGUCCACCAGCCAGUAACCUAAUCGGCACCAUCCAUCCUUGCCAAACCAAGGACGAAUCCCACAGCUCCCAAAAAAGCCAGAAACCCCUCCCAAGACUAUUAUAACAGGCACGUUUUUUUAUGUUUACGUGUUAAGCUUUUAAGAAUAUAUUGUUUUAAGCUAAUCUUUUGCACAAUUGUGUGAAUAAUCUUUUGUCAAUCUGCUGCUGAAUGAAGGCCUCCCCAUACGGUGUCAUUCAUGGGAAGGCCUUCAUCUGGCACUGGAUUGACAAAGAGCGUUUAUGAUGACUACAUUUUAUGUACAUUACACGGAUUUUAUGUAUUAUUUUGCAUUUUUUAAGAAAUAUAUUUUGGUCAUGAGAUUUUUGCAAACUUGGAAUUGUCAUGUUAUCCUUCACAAUGAAUGUUGCUACAAUUGUAAAUUUAAGAUAAUGUGGAACAAAAAAAAUACCCAUACAUUUUGGGAAUCUGUUCGUAUUUGCAUAAGCGAAUGCAGUAAACCAAAAUACAGAUACAA